AACGGCAUUGGUUCGUUACGCUCUGCCUUCCGUGUACAUGCUUUCCUUUUGUGAUAGUUUAUUGUAAUAUAUGUGAUAUUUUAAAUCGAAUUUCUACUGCGUUUACAAAGAAGAGAGCGAUGGGUAGGAAAAGUACUAAGGGUAAAGAAAAGCGUUUGGCGAGGAAAGAGGAACAGUUGCGAUUGUCAGCCUCGAAGACUGUCGUCGACAAGGCCAAUUCGUUGAAAGAUCCUCUGGAGCCCUUUGUUGCUUUCCAGAAGUACAACAACAAUGGACUGCAAUGUGAUCUGUACAUCAAAAAGGUAUCUGAGUUGGAUACAUCCACCACCGACUGGGCCUUUGGACUGACAAAGAAAAACAUGCAGCACAAAUAUGAGAAUUGCUCAUGGGGUUGGAGUGAUGGUAAAAAGAGAGAGGAAUUAUUGGAUGAUACUGCUUGGUACCUUGUGGCGUUGUCCCAUGAUGGGCAUCCCAUUGGUUUCUCGCAUUUUCGAUUCGAUAUUGACGAGGGUAUCGAAGUUCUCUAUUGUUACGAAUUGCAAUUGGAGAAUGUGAUUCACCGAAGGGGUCUCGGAAAGUUCAUGAUGCAAAUUCUGGAAUUAAUCGCGUUCACCAACAACAUGCGCAAAGUCGUUUUAACAGUAUUAAAGAACAAUUCACACUCGAACUUCUUUAAAGCUAUAAAUUAUCGUUUGGACGAAUCGUCACCUAUGGAUGACGAGGACGAUGUUUUUCCUUACGAGAUCUUGAGCAAAAUUAACAAAAAACUGGCGUUGACUAAUCCUUUGCCGGUGCACGAUAAACCGCACCACGGACAUAGUCAUCAUCAACAUCAAUGCUGUCCCGGACAUCACUAAGACUGAACGCGGAUAUGACUAUAAGUUACAUUUAAGGAAGGAACCGUGCAAAUUAGUCACGAGUUUCUUUCCUUCUUUUUUUAAUUGUAUUUU